ACCAAAGCAAAAUGGCGAAAAGUAUUUUCUUUUUGUUGAUGAGUUGAAUUUUCGGCUGUUUAUUCCCAUAUGUCUGAUUAUGACAAAUCAAACAUAAUGCAGACGGACCCAAAUAAAGAUAAACAAUUUAAAAAGAAGAAAAGUAGAACAUGGAUUGAGGCUGCGAAAAUCGUUUUAGAAGGUAAUCCACAGACUCCUAUGAAUUGUAAAACAAUCCUGCAAAGAAUAAAAGAUGAUAAUCUAAAGGAUAUAAGUGGUUCAGUACCAUUAGCAUGUUUAAACUCCUGUCUGGAUACUAACUCAAGAGGCAAAGACAGUGUAUUUUAUAAAGUAUAUGGAAGGUCAGACGUUUAUGGAUUACGAAGUGAUUUACCAGAAGGUUCUGAAAUAAUCAGUGUAAAAGAAGAAGAUGAAGAUAUACAGAUUACAGACAGUACAUUUCCAGAUCAGAAAAAAGAAAAUUUGGUAUAUGUCAAAUUACCCAUUGGUAUAACAACUAUACCACUGAAAGAUGAAGAAGAAAAUGAAGAGGAUGAUGAUGUUGGUGAAAUGGAUCUACCCCCUCAAAUUAAUGGAGAGAACAAAAAUAACACAGAAACCACAAAUUUGCGACGUAGCAUAAGACAAUCAUUAAGACAGAAGAAGAAGAAACUAGAAUAUCCAAGGAUUAUCAUCAAACCCAUUCAACCUCCUCCUAAAGAAGAGAAAAAAGAAGAACCAAAGGAAGAAAUUAUAAUUGAUGUUACUGAUGAUAUACCACAACAGAAUGGUAAUCAAAACUCAGAAGACUCGGAAACAGAUAGCUCACAAUCUCAGAGACCACAGACAAUGAGGGAAAUUUUAGCUGGUAUUCCUGGUUUUAGUAUGAGGCCAAGGAAAAGAACAAAGAAAUUAAGCCAUGCUGCUCAAAUUGCCCAAACAAAAGAAGGUUGUAUAGACUUAGAAACUCCUGAUUCGAUCCUUGUAACAACAAAUCUUAGGACUUUGAUUGAUCGACAUACCUUUGAUUUGUUACCACCAAAUUACCAGUACAAAUUACUUCAACUGUUACCUGAAUGUGAUAGAUGUAUAGGCAAAGACAGUGGAAUGAGGUUAAGUUGUACAGCUUUUAAUAAUGAAUUUUUUGCCAAAGCAUGUCAAGAAUGGACGCAAAGAUUAGCAGAUGGAGAAUUAACUCCAGAAAAUCAAGGCAGGUUAAAACAGGAUGAGGAAAGAGAACAGAGUAGAUUAGAUCCUUGGAAGGUCAAACACUUUGAACCAGUAUGGGGUAAAAGGAGAAUCAAGCACGAAGUUCCUAAAGCUGAUAUGCCUUCACCAACAUCAGAGGUACACCCAGUCGUUAGUAGGAAACCUCAGAUUAAAAAGGCUACUAUUGUAGCUAAUAUGUUGAAACAAAGGUCAAUUUUUCAGACUGUCAACAGAUUUAAAGACAACCAUGACUCUCCUGGAGGACUGUUAUUAAAGGUUGUUCAUAAAGAGCAUAAACAUGAGCCACAUGCAGUCAAACGGCCUGUGUCGCCUUCAAUAAAACAGGAGGAUGAUAUUGCUAGUGUUAGUCCAAUCAAAAAAGCAAAGACUCCUCCUCCUAUUGUAACUUCAAGCAUAGGCACGUACAAUCAUCCAAUAGUUAUAACAGAAGUGUCAGAAGCAAUUUCAACAAAACCUCAAGUUUCUUUGUUGACAUCGGCAUUGACUACCUCUCUAUCACAACCUCCUAUCAUCAAACAUACCUCUCUUCAAGCUUCCUUGAGUCAGCCUCCAAGAACAACCUCUAUACUGCACAAUAUUCCAAUUAUUCGACCCCCAGCUCAGACACGAACGCUUGCUCAAAUAAAAGUGACAAAUGCUGUGCGUACUCAAGGAACAAGAACAUUAGCUCAAAUCAAAGCUCAGACAAAGGCAAGAGUGCAGAUGCGUAAUGUUCAGUUAAGUCCCCAAAGUGAUCACAGUCCAAUACAGAGUCCACCAAACAGACAUAUCCCAAAUAUAAUGCUAGGUAAAAAACUAUCUCCUGUUAAUCUUGGCAGUAAAUCAUCAAACAUCCCAAAUAUUAUACUGGCUAAAAAACAAUCGCCUGUUAACAAACCUGUUCUUCAACCUGGGAGUAAGACACCUGUAAAAUCAUCAGAUCAAGAGAAGGAGGAGUUAACAAAGGAUGGAAUCAACUUGAGACGGUCGAUGGAGAUAUGUAAAAAUACUGGUUUGAGUGGAAUAAAUAUCAAACGCUCAAUGGAAAUAUGUCAGAGUGUUAUACAAAAAACAAUGGCUCAGUUUCAGUCUGAGAAUCCACAACAAAAUGCUCCAGAAAUGUGCAAUAUAAACUUGAAAUCUCAAUCACCAGUUAAACUGGUACCUUUAGCUAAUCACAUAAGUGCCUCAAAAUUACUACUGACCACAUCUUCAAAUCUUCAGACUUCUACAAGUGUUGUAAAUACUAGUGCUUCAAAUAAACAGACAUCAGGUGCUAAAGAAGGAGGGUAUGUGGUAUCAGUGACACGUGUGCCAUCAACAACAGUAACACCUGCAAGUGUAGUAACUGUACCAGGAACCAACACAAAGUUCCUGAUACCAGCAGGAAAUACAAUGACAAACCAAGCAUUAAUGCAAUUGAUAUCUUCUUCCCAGGGUUUAAGUACUGUUUCUUCAUCACCAGCAAGAGCAUCAAGUGCUCCACCAAUAAAUAAUGUGCAGAUACAAAAUCUUGUACGUUCUGCUAGUGUUGGUUUGAAUGAAUCAAGUGCACCUUUACAACCAAAGACUUCUGUUACUGAUACUACUACUUUAAAUCUAACGCCAGAACAGUUGAAUUUUUUAUCCAAGAGUGGCACUGUUACCACAUCAGGUCAUAAAACGCCGCAAAUAUUGAUUCAGAGACCUGCUUCAGCCAAUCAAAUCAGUCAAUCAGGUGACAAACAAGUUACAAAAAUUGUGGUUUGCAGUGCCGCUCAACUUGUUCAACAGCUCAGUGCUAAACAUAAUACCGUCAAGUUGUCCACUCAAACCACGUCUAAUCAAAAUAUAAAGGUGGUACCAAAUAGUGUGUCGAAGGAUUGUGCAUGUAAUCUUAAGGCUAUGAUUAUGUGUAACAAAUGUGGAGCCUUCUGUCAUCAUGACUGUAUUGGAUCAUCAAGACUUUGUUUAAACUGUUUAAUAACAACAUGACACAGUUUAUGAGUCUAUGAUAAAGAACUUGUUCCAAUUUUUGGUUGCAUUCUUUAUUUUCUAUUUUUUAUUUUAUUAUCUUAUCUUCUUUUAAUGUUUCUUUAUUAUUUAUUUUACUGUGACUUGACUGUAAGUGUUGCUCUCCACCUUUUGCAGUUUAUUAAAAAUUCCUACCAAAUUGCCAUUUGUUUUAUCAAACCAAAAUGUUCAGCUUGUCAGAAAAUUUAUCACCUUGCACUUUCACGACUUGACUGAUUUUCUACAGCAGUUUAAAUUUCUGACCAGUUAAACAGUUUGGUUUGAUAUAAUAAAUGGCAAUUUGGUCAGAAUUUUGAAUAAACUGCAAUAGGUGGAGGGCAACUCUUACAGUCAAGUCACAGUAACAGAGAUAUACUUUUUGUCCCAAAAAUUUCUCAUCAAAAACAUGCCUUGAAAAUGAUAUUUUGUUGUUCAAAAACUUAUUUUUUUGGGAGCAUAUUACUGCCGCUUCUGCGUUUAUAUUAAACAAAUGGUUUUUGGUUUGUAAUUUCAAAUUGUUUUGACAUAUUUUUUUACUGUUUGUGUUUCAUAAUAUGUAUAAAAGAAUUGUGAGACAGCAUACAGAUAAGUACUUUCUUACUUUGAAAUACAUGUUAAGUUUGAUUAUCAUAAUGGCUGAUGUGGUCCAUUGAAAAUUCAUGAUUCCAGGCUCAAGUUAUACAAGGAAGGGACAUAUCUUUUGAACCACAUAAGCUAUUGAUACUAAAAAACUGAAGCAGCUUUCUAAUUAUGUUACGUACAUGUGACUUGCAUGUGAGGCUGUUUGCUAAUCUAUUACCUUAGUUUGGAUUUUAGUUUGCUAGUUAUUAAUGAUGUAGGAAUAGAAAUUGCAUUUUCAAAAUAUCUUGAGCUUUUGGUCAAUGAAUAAUAAUUUCAAUUCAGAAUAUUGGCUGGACAUAUCAGUGAUCUUCUCCUUGUUAUCAUGAGUUCCUCUGACUUUUUCAAUUUAACAUCUUUCAAUAAUUGUGCCUGGUAACCUCCAAUUUUCUUUUUAUAAUUUCACAAAAUAAACCUUAAAUUAAGUUAAAUGACAUCCCUGCAAAAUCUGGUUAAAUCUUGUUAAUUUUUAAAAGAUUUUGACCCCUUUAUACAAAAAAUAUGAAAAAACAAGAGCUCCUGUUUCCUGUAAAAAUGUUAAAUGCUUAUAUCACAAAAUCAUGCACACAAACAUAUAACUUUUCUGCCUUUAAAACAAAAUUAUGAACUUUAGCAAAUGUCUUUCAAUAUAUAAAAAUUAUUUUGGAACCUUGUUACUUUUGAACCUCACUAAAUACUUUUAUAUUUUAAUUGAAGCAUAUGAAUCAUUUUAGUUUUAUGCAAGAAGUUAUAUUGUUACGUAAAAUUUCACUGAAGUAAAUAAUGUCUCCAAUUAUAUACACUAUAUAAUAUUACCUCAUUCUCUCUCAUGACUAUGCAUUAGAAAACAUUUUUUGUAGAAGAAUAUUGCAAAAAUUGAAGAAUGAAAGUAAUAGUAAAAAUCUUUUGUAUGAAAUGGUGCUUUUGACAAAUAUGGCCACAUUGAUUUUUAUCAUUUGAAAGAUUAUAUUGUAAUUUAUCAUAGAAUCAUUGCAUCAUUUGUAGUAUAUAUGAAAUAACACACAAGUGCACAACUAUUCUGCCAUUAAUUUAUACCUUAGAAAUAAGUUGUUUUAAUAGUGGCCCUGCCACCUUUGUUACUGGUAUAUUUGAUUUUGCCAUUUACCAUACAUGUAUGGGUUUAUAUGGUAGAAAAAGAUCUCCCCAUUUUACCUGUUCUUGUAUUUAAUGAUGAUUUACAUCAUACUACAUUGUACUAGGCAAAUAGUUUGAAUUGCAGUUCUCUCUCUUAAUUUAUCGUUACCACUAUACCAGUUAGAUGAAUAUGUCUAUAUAAUUGAUAACAUUAGUUACCUCGAAAAUCUGUAUGUUCAUCAUAAAUGUUUUAUACUGAAAAUGCACCUGAUGUUUUCAUUAGAGCAAUAUAAAAUAGUUUUAACAUGACAGAUUAAAGAAUUGCUCCAUAAUAUGUGCAGUUGUGCAUAUGGAAGUUUUGUGCCAUUGGUUGAUUUUUUUUUCUCAGUUACUGCCCUUUGAGAUUUUUGAAGAAGACAGUAACUAGAUUUUUUCCAUUGCUAUCAGUUUUAUUUAAACACAUACAUUCAAAUAGUUUUGGAAAUAUAUUAAUCAAAAUCUUCAGGAUUCCACUGUGGUUAUUUUGUACAUAGUAAUUAUGAAUUGUAUUUGAGUUAUUGAUGAAAUAGUUGACAUUGUGAGAUUUUAAAAUCAUUUUUACACAUGAUAAAUUAUAGAUCACAGUUGAUGCAUAGAGUAAGGUAUGUCAUUUAGAAUCAUUUGAUGUAAAACAAGCUAAUGUGAUCAUGAGUACCCUUGUGCUUUUAUUAACGGUCAAAGUUGACAGAGUUGUAACAUUUUGGGUAUGAUGAUUAAGUGGACAGCUGAUUCUAGGCACUUAGCAGAUAUCAUGAAUACUGUAAAGCUGAUGUUUAUCACGAUAAAAGAUUCACAUAGUUUUCUUGUUUUAUGUUUAACAUUUGAUAUUUAUUUUGGGUUAGUAGGUCAAUACUAUAAGAAGAAUCACAUAUUGAUUUUUCUGAGUUCUUUUUACUUUGACAUGUAUAAAAUAAACCUUUUGGGAAUAGACACUUAUUAAGUCAGCUCAUCAACAUUUAAUGUCACAAAAGUAAUUGUUACUCAAAAUAUUAAAUUAAAUUUUUAUCAUUAAAAUUGACUGUUUCCAUGAAUGAAAGAACACUAUAUUUGGUAAAUCUUAUCAGUAAAUUUUUCUCUCAAUUGUCUGGUAAAAAAUAAAACUAACCUGACAUUGUGUUUUAGACUAACUCUAUUUUUUCCACCAGUUAGAAAAAUAAAGAUUUAUUUUCAAUUGUCAGGGCCUUUGAUAGCUCGCUCUCAAUUGUCUGGUUGAAAAUAAAACUAACAUGACAUUGUGUUUUAGACAAACUCUAUUUUUUCCACCAUUUAGAAAAAUAAAGCUUUAUUUUCAAUUGUCAGGGCCUUUGAUAGGUCACUAUAUGGUAUGAUCACUGUUGAUGGCUGUAUGGUGACCUAUAGUUGAUAACUUCUACUUCAUUUGGUCUCUGAUUGAAAAAUAACAGUCCUUUGAGAUUUGUUUUUCCUGAAUCAGAAAUUCAUCCUUUUAAUGAUUCAUAUAUAGAAGUAGUCAUAAUUUCUUAUUAAAAAUGCAGAUAUCCAUUUGUAACUGAUUUUUUUAAAAAUUUUGUUGGUGAUAAAUCAUAAGUCAAACAGUUUGAAUUAACUCCCUUUAAUGUCCCUCUUAAAAACAAUUUUCAAAGAAAUUUCAUUCCAUCAAUUUUAUAGUAGUAAACUUUUUACCCUGGAUAAGUAUUGGAUUUUUUUUGUUGUUGAAAUAAUUUUAGAUUUGAACAGUAAAACUAACAAAAGGAUUUUGAUAGGAGUGAAUGUAAUAUAUUUGAGUGUUUGUUUUUUGGAAAGAUAUGAAAUUUAUUAUCAAAUGGGAUGAGAGAACCGUUUUGAAUAUGAAUUUUUAUAUUACAUGAUUCAUUUGUAUAUAUGUAUGUAAAUAUGUGAGAAUGAUAUUUAUUUUUUAUUCUCUCUGCCAUAUGUGUUCUGAACAAUACGAUUUCUACAGCCAUGUGUGAUUGAGUGUGCACUCUAUCUUUUUAAAGUUAAUGCACACUUUAACUUUGCUGUAUAUCAAUAAUCAAUAAUGAUAUAGUAAUUAUUUGUAUAUCUUUCUGGUAGUAGAUUUUUUUUCCCAAAAUAAAAAUAUAGUGAAGACUUUGAAUUUAAAAAUGAAUUUACAUGAAUAAGAAAUAUUUUAUGGCAUUUAUGGAAAAAACCACAUCAAUAUGUUAUGCAAACCUGGAAAUGGUAAACAUUUCAUUCUAUUUACAAUGUUCAUUUACUUGUUAGAAGACACAACAGUGUAAUCCUAACAUAAUCAUGAAGUUUCUUGUGUUUUACAUCAAUUGAUUAUUUUUUUUCUCAUGUGCAGGGGAAGUUUCAUGUACAAUGCACAUGUUUUCAAGUGCAGGGGAAGUUACAUGUGCAUGUAUUUUCCAUUGAUAAUUUGUGAACAUAAAAUUAUUACAAAGAGA